ACGGUGGCUCGGAGGAACACGGAAGUAAACCCGUGAAGUUACAAUGGCAGCUGAACCGGUUCGGUGGCAUGUCUGUUGAAAUAUGUACAAACCUCUAGCUCGUUGAUGGAGGGGUUUGAGGACAGCGGCCGAGCAGCUGAAGAACAUGACGGGACGGACAGCAGGAGCGGGACAGAGUCCCCGGGGACAGUCCCCCGCGGGCUCUGUCCCUCACGUCCCGGCCCGAGGAAGAAGCUGGUCCUGCACGUCGACCUCAACAACACCAUCCUGGUGUCGGACACGGUGACGGGACAGGGCCCGGCGGCCGCCCUGGACUACUUCCUCUCAACGGUCACCUGGGGGAAGAUGAGCAAACACGGGAGGUGGGAGUGGCUGAGCGACUCCACGUCCCUGCUGCCACCUUGUGACGACGCGGUGAGCUACAACUCUCACUUUGGACGGACGCCGGGUUUCACCUCCGCUGCUGGGAAACGUUUCCGUGGGGUUCUGGAUGAGCAUCUGCAUCUGUUCCGCUGGCCCGCGGGCACCAAGGCGGACCGGGAGCUGUCCGUCAAAGGCGAGGAUGGACAACUGUACCACUGGAUCCUCCCCUCUUUCUUCCAGCUGCUCAAAGACCUGGCGAAGGAAGGGAGGGAGUUUGCUGUUGUCUUCCGUACGUUUGGAAGCGACCUGCCUCGUGUGCUGAGUGCUGUAUCCAGAGCGCUGAAUGAAGGGGCUCAUCCGCUGUUCCCCGAUCUGCCCGAUCUCAAGUUAAAUGUGAAUAUGACUCCAGGGAAGAUCCGCUGCCACAAGAAGGGAGCCGUCCUGAGCCGCGGCGAGGAGCGCCGGUCCACUCGCGACGGAGAACGGGGCCUGUACCAGUACUUGAGCUCAGUCCAGGGCGUGGGGGGCUUCCAGGACCACUUUGAAUGGUGGGCCAGUAAUACCUUCUCCAUCCGGGGGGGGAAGCCGCUGUGGGUGGACCCCUUCGACCAACAUGUCGAGCACAUCUUCAUCGACGACAACAUCCGACAGAACGACGAGGAUACCAUCGUGCAUCCCAAGGUGUUCUUGGACCCAGGUGGCGCUGAGACGCGCACAGCCAGCACCUCUGAGCUCUAUGACAUCACGCUGGUCCAGACCGACCUCCUGCAGGCCAUUUCUCAGCCAAGCUACUUCACUCAGCGCGUCCACAUCUGUCUGGAAAACUAUGAGAGGAACCUCCAGCAGGGGGCAACCUAGAGCACAACUCUCCCCCGUGUCCGUCUGUCCGCACGACAUGACCCACCACAUCACAAGCCCGGCACCGGUGGAGGAUGCAGACACAGGAGACUGUUGGUCUGAAAUGUGUGUCGGGUGAAAGCCCUUUAAGCCUUGUGUUACUUGGCCGGCCGCUAGAAUCCACCAGUUCAUUUAGUUUACUGCUCCUCGUCGCUUUGCUGUAGCUUUUCCCUUUUUAGAUGAUUCUUACUUCCAAUGUUGGCCCUCGCCUCCAUUGUCUCUCUUCCGCCUGGAACGGACAGAUAAAACUUGAAGACUUCUCGUUGACUUAGAAAGUACCAGAUUACAGAGAAUUACUGUAAUUACUGUAACAAUUGUGACGGCAUGCAUCAGAAAAGACUUAUAAUCUCAGUGAUUUAUAUAUUUUGAUAUGAAUAACAACACUCCAUAUAGAUCCAUAACUCUUGUUUCCUGACACAAUCUGGUGUAAUAUACCAGAUGCAUUAGUCUGGGCAGUUCAUAUCGUGUGUGUGUGUGUGUGUGUGUGUGUGUAUAUAUAUUUAUAAAUAUAUAUAAAUUGGUGUGCGCAGUGAUAUCUAUAGAAAUAUGGGGCUGAACGUGGGUUUUGGAAGUGCUAUUUGCAAGUAGCACUUUAACGGUGCAGCGUUAUUUAAGAUAAGUGAUCCUGUGUGUUCUAAAGAAGCAAUGCAGUUUGCAGAGUUUUCACUUUGUAUGGAAGGACAACAAUUUGUUGUUAAGUCUUGAGGAGCUUUGCAACAAGCUUCUUCUAAGCAAUGUUAACGUACUUUGGUACUGUGCAAUGAAGACUUCUAUAUACCACAUUAUUCUGAUGCUGCCACGCAAAUGAUUCACAUUUUAUUUUUCUAAUAGUAAAUAUUUUUAGUCGCUGUUGAAUAAAUUGCUGUGUUUAUCAUUGAA